AUGGCGAGAGUCAACGGGAAUGCCCACCUCACGGCUGACAUCGACUUCAUCCAGACUCCCCCACCUCCGCAGGACGCGCUUGGGACGGGCAAAGACUGUGGAGUGAGGGUCACCGAUUCGCCCGCUAUCAAGAACGCUCCUCUCCCCGCGGACGGCGCCGGAUACGAACAAUUCUCGAACGCAACCCUCGCGACCGGCCUCCUCGGAAUCCCAACAUGGCUCUCGUGGCAGUUUGGCGGUGGCUUCAAGUUGACCAUGUUCUUUGGCCUCUUCACCACCGUCCCCGUGCUCCUGGUCAUCUGGACAUUCUUUUCGACCGUCAGCCCGCGGCUGAACGAUAAGGUGAAGUUGCCGGGCCGCCCGGUGGAAUAUUACUUGAAGUUCAAGAAGCCCCGCCAUCAGGCCCGAUGGAAUGGACGACACAAGAUUCCGAUGCAGACAUUUUUCGAAAUGUACUUUGAGGGGGAAGUCGACAUAAACGGCGAUUUGCUCGAGGUCUUCGAGUAUCGGCACGAGUGGGCCACCUUCAACUUUACCCUGGACCUCUUCCGAUACAUCUUCUUCACAUUUGCACCGGACGUCAUUCUGCACCAUCGAUCCCAAGACGAAGACCAAGUGCGUCCCAAUUACGACCGCGGCAACGACCACUACGCGUGGUUCCUCGGGCCCCGCAUGAUCUACACGUCGGGUAUUAUUUCCGACCCCACCCGGGAGGAGACGCUGGAGGAAAUGCAGGACAACAAAAUGGCCGUAGUGUGCGAGAAGAUCGGCCUCAAAGAAGGCGAGACAAUGCUGGAUAUCGGCUGCGGCUGGGGAACCCUGGCCAAGUUUGCGAGCGUCAAUUACGGCGCCAGAGUCACGGGCGUCACUCUCGCUCGCAACCAGACUGCCUGGGGUAAUGACGCGCUGAAAAAUGCCGGCAUUCCCGAGGAACAAAGCAGAAUCCUUUGCAGCGACUAUCGCGACAUCCCGGAGACCAAGUUCGACAAAAUCACACAGUUGGAGAUGGCCGAGCAUGUUGGCGUUCGCAGACUGACGGGAUUCUUCCGGCAGUGCUAUGAAAUGCUAGAGGACGACGGAUCCAUGUAUGUGCAGCUGUCGGGGUUGCGGAAGUCAUGGCAAUACGAGGACUUCAUCUGGGGGCUGUUCCUCAACAAGUACAUCUUCCCCGGAGCCGACGCAUCUACACCUCUGAGCUAUUACGUGGGCUGCCUCGAGAGUGCCGGAUUUGAGAUUAAGAGCGUUGAUACUAUUGGUGUUCACUACUCUGGCACCCUUUGGAGGUGGUACCGCAACUGGCUCGGUAACGCCGACGAGAUUAUUGGUACUUACGGGACCAGAUGGUUCAGGAUUUGGGAGCUCUUCCUCGCUUAUUCUACUAUUGCCUCGCGCCAGGGCUCUGCAACCUGCUUCCAGAUUGUUGUGGUCAAGAACCUCAACUCCACCCACCGUGUCGACGGCAUCUCUUCGCAAUUCGGCCUUACCGGUGCCCUGGAGGCUAGCAAGGCCGGUCGCAGGGCCGCUUACCCUGUUUUGAAAGCAUAG